ACAUUGGAUGAUAUACCUUCUUUCCUUUUCCUUCUAUUCCUUUCUUUUAGCAAUAUUGAACCAAACAAUGCCUAAAAAGUCAACAUCAGCAAAAUAAUUAGCAGCACUAAUUAGCAGUUUAUACUGUCGCCACUCGAUCAGCAUUUCAAAAAAAAAAAAAAAAAAAAAAAAAAACCGACACAUUCGAGCUGCCUCGCUGCACUCCUCUCUCUCCCUCCUCCAUUGAAGCGCACUUGAAUUCUCCAUUGAAGCGGAUUGUGAGCUUCCUCUCCUCCAUUGAAGCAGCUUCUGAGUAGGACAGAAGUAUGAAAUUGGAAGGUUCCUCCGAUGAGCCUGAGAAUGCAGAGAAGCAACAACUGAAGAAUGGUAAAAAUGAUAAAGCUGGAAGAGGAAAAGUGAAGAAGGGACUAGGAUGGAUAGAAUGGUUUAAAGGGUGGUAUGAUGUGAUUUUUGAGAUGCUAUUUCAGCGUAUUUCAGCUAGUCAUCUUCAAAAUCCAAUGCCUUUGCCUCCCAUUGAAAAUCUUACUUGCAUUGUUACCGGAUCCACUAGUGGCAUCGGUCGGGAAAUCGCCAGGCAACUGGCAGAGGCUGGUGCACAUGUUGUCAUGGCUGUAAGGAAUCCUAAAGCUGCUCAUGAGCUGAUCCAAAAAUGGCAAAUUGAUUGGUCUGGGAAAGGCCUUCCUCUAAAUAUUGAGGUUAUGGAACUUGAUUUGCUGUCUUUGGACUCUGUUGCACAAUUUGCAGAAGCAUGGAAUGCACGAUCAGGACCUUUACAUGUACUAAUAAACAACGCUGGAAUAUUCUCCAUUGGAGAGCCACAAAAAUUUUCAAAGGAUGGUAAUGAAGAACACAUGCAAGUGAAUCACUUGGCCCCAGCAAUGCUAUCGGUGCUGCUUUUGCCUUCCCUUAUUAGAGGCUCUCCAAGUCGCAUAAUCAAUGUGAAUUCCGUGAUGCAUUCUAUUGGUUUUGUUGAUCCUGAAGAUUUGAAUGUUGUUACCGGAAAGAGAAAAUUUACAAGUUUGGUGGGAUACUCAAGCAGCAAACUUGCUCAGAUCAUGUUUAGCAGUAUCUUUCAGAAACGGUUACCAGCAGAGUCUGGCAUUAAUGUUGUUUGUGUCUCGCCAGGCAUUGUUCAUACCAAUGUUGCAAGAGAUCUUUCCAAAGUUGUUCAAGCUGCUUACCAUCUGAUACCAUACUUCAUUUUUAGUCCUGAAGAAGGUUCUAGAAGUACCCUUUUUGCUGCAACUGAUCCUCAGAUUCCAGAAUACUGUGAGCUGUUAAAGGCAGAUGAAUGGCCUACUUGUGCUUUCAUUUCCCAGGAUUGUCGCCCCUCAAAUCCUUCAGAAGAGGCACACAACAUUGGAACUUCAACCAGGGUUUGGGAGAAGAGUCUAGAGAUGAUUGGUCUUCCUUCAGAUGCUGUUGAGAAGCUGAUAGAAGGAGAGGAAGUCACAUGUCGCUAUGGUCGUCAACAGGAGUAGGUUUUUCCUGCAAAAACAAAUCGAAAGGACAGCUUGGUCUUAGUAUUGGUAUUGGUACUUAGAUACUUAUGGCCUUAUGAGCAUAGCUGAUCAACACGGCGUUGUGUUACGAGCAGAGAUGAGUUUUUGUCGUCUUGUCAGUAUUGGGUAAUGAAAGUGAAUUUUAACACUUAAUACAGUAUUAUCAGUCAGAAGAUUGUAUUGUGAAAAGUCAAGGAUCGGCCUAUAAUGUGAUGGAAGUUGAGUGAGCUUCAAGUUGUGUAUCGUUUGCAAUUCACUUUUUAAGGGGCAUCAUGGAGUCACUUUUUCAUGACUAAAUAUUUUUUUGCUGUCAGAUACUGGUGAUUAAUGGAAAAUGUUUUGUUGGUUGUAACUUACGUAGUAUAAGGAUCCCUGGUCCUCACAUUGUAAUUGGCUAGUUGUGAAUAUACUAUAUAUUAAUGAUUCCUAGA